CAAAGCUGACUUGGAAGUGAUGUUCCUGAGUGAUUAUCCAGGGGAGGACUUCUACAGUCUUAUUUACCACACAAUAAAUGCUUACCAUGAUACGUUCACUCAGUUUUGUAAAAGUUUUGUGGGUGCGUGGCCGGCUCUAGGAACCACAGAGGCAGCUUCCCGGGGUAGAAUGCCUACUGUGGCAAGGCUCAUUUCAAGAGGUGACUGUACAUCCCUUAGAACAGAUUUCAGUUCGUAUGAGAUCUUCCAGAUUGUUUACAGAACACAUGAUCCAUGGCAAAUUGUAGCAGCAAUCAAAAAGGCUAUUAAGAAGAAUGGUGGUAAUUAGGUUGAUAAACAGGUCAUAUUCUUAAGGGGACACAUAUUUUUCAGUUUUGUUGGUAUAUUUUAUUUUUUGCAGCAAUUGUGAUUUAUAUUAAUAUUUUCUGGAUAAUACAUGCAUUGACAUCAUUAUACAAAUGUGUGUGUGUGUGUGUGACAGUGUGUGCAUGUAUGCACAUGUGGGCCUGUGUGUGCAUAUGCACAUCAGUGUCUGCAUGUGUGUAUGUGUAUGAGAGAAAAUGCAUUGUUGUUAUUGAGCUGUUAAACUUUGUUUUACAACCAUUUUUGGGUGUGAAAGAAAAAAUACAUUGUCAUAAUUGAUUAAUUUAUAGCUAUUUUUGGUACUCCAAUAAUUCACAUGCAAUGGCUGUGCUUAUUAGGUGCCAAUGUACACCAAGUAUUAUUUGCCAAAACUAUUUUGUUUAAGGGACCCUGUGAUAGGAUCAAUUUAUUUCCGUUUGUGCAGUAUUAUUUUCCUGUGUCAGUGAUUAUCAUUCAUUCAUAAUUACACACUGCAUGUGUUUGCUCAUCCAUAGGUCUCAUGUACAGAACUUCCAAUUUAGUUUUGUGAUCUUCAUCAUAGAGGCAUAUUUUUAUGGUAGUUUCUUAAGAAGAUUCAGUUGCCUCCUUUGACAAUCAGUGGUCUCUCUCUUUUUUUUUUUUUUCCCCUCAAUCAUGUAUACCAUCAAAUCAAAAAUUUUCUUCAGUCUUUGUAAUAGGCCCUCCAUUUUCCAUGAAUGUGCAUAAAAAUUAUUUUUUGAGAGCCAUUUAGAUACUAUUGAUGUUUGUGAAACUUUCUGAACCUUUUGCUGUUUUGAAGAUUUGAAUUUAUUUCUAGUCUAGAAUCGUAAAUAAAAUAAAUUUUAGUGGUGUAUGUUAAGGUGUUGCAUCAAAUAUUUCUUUUCUCCGGUGCACAAAAUAAUGCUGAUUGGGUAUUAUGCUCUUGUCUUACAUGCUGAGAAAGGGUCAUGAGUUGGAGUGUGAUUCUCUAAGUGUUUUAAAGAGGAAUGCAAAGGACCGUCAAAAACACCAUUUCCAAAAUGAAAUACAUUUGCAUGUGAGAUACAGACAAAUGUAUUGGUGUUAUUCCAAUGUAAUGUUUUUCUUGCCAUUGAAGUGAUAAAAUCAAAUGAACAAGGAGUGUGAAAGUGCACAAAUCUAGAUAUUAAAAAAAUUUCCCAGCACAAUUUUUUUCUGUAUGAAUAUGUACAGGAGAACAAAAAAAGCUUCCUGGCUUGCACAUAGAAUUCACUGAUGUUAAAUACCUACCAAGUUGGGAUGCUUCCCUAUAGUAAUGGUCUAAGCUUUUUUAUGCAAAACAGCAUUUACCAAUUAAUAUUCUUGAAUGUAUUUUCUUAGCCAAAGCCAGAAUGCAUUUAUUAGAUGCCUCCUUGCACGUCUGUUUUACCUUAUACCAGCUCUAGUUGAAGGCAAAGAAAAACUGAUCUAGUGUUUGUUUAAAUCUUAUUUGAUAUUUUCACUUACAUUGUACAUAGUAUCUGAGUAUAAUAGGAAGCAUAUCAGAUCGGAAGAUGUGAAUGGUAACAUCAUAUUUGUGUACCAUGUUAAGAGAUCACCAUACAAGAUAAGAGGAUGUUUGCAGAAGUUUUUAAUAUAGUGUCAGCUUAGGCUCAUGUUUCUGGUA